GCGUGUCUUAUUACGUUUGACUAGCAAUCGUCGAUAAGCACACUAGCAAACGUAGCCUACGCGUGGAAACCGGAGCACCAUGAAGUUAGCUGAAUAUCAUUAGCUGUCGUUAGCAUCAACAUCGAGACAUUUGGUGUGCACUUUGAAGAGGACAGCCAGGCAGUGGAGGUCACGCAUGAAUAAUGCUACUCUGUCGGGUAUUAAAACCGUCGGCAGCGACUUUUACAACUCAGAGUCUGAACUCUGUCCAAGUUAGUGCAAACAGAUUAAGGUUAGGGUGCAUUAACCUUACCUGUUCGUUACGCAACAACACUACGAUACGGUUAUGCUCUUCCAGGGCUUGUAGUGGAUAUGCCUAUAAUACACCCCGUAUCACUAGUCAACAAACGGAUGGAGGACGGGAGGAAAAGAACACAAAUAUCUUCACAGACUCUUUCACGGUGGAAAUAGGACAACCGAGUCAUCCGGAGCGGGCUUAUAUUUCAGACAUCGCACAAGGCACCUUUAAUAACACCAAAUGCAGUUCUCGCUGGUCGUACCCCGUCUGUGGUAACGGCUCCAUAUUUAGAUUGACUGAACUGGAAUCGUUUUUGUUGUCAUCACGCGCCAAAGUCGGUUCGAUUUGGCUCCACACAACGAUUGUGCCGAUGAGGACUGCCUCCUCUACGGCUGUUCAGCCGAAGCAUGACACCGGAGACGAGGGGCACGCAGCGGCAAAUCCGAAAGAGAAGCACGAGUCUUCGCCGCCGCCGCCGCCGCCCAGCCAAGGCUCCCAGGGGCCUGAGCCCACGCCGCAGCCGGAGGAGGAUGGCAAGCCCAGCAAGACCCAGCAGCUGAAGAAAGUCUUCAAGGAGUACGGCGCCGUCGGAGUCUCCUUCCACGUGGCCAUCUCGCUCAUGUCUCUGGGCAUUUUCUACCUUGCCGUGUCUAGUGGAAUUGACAUGGCUGCGAUACUUUACAAGGUGGGCUUCAGUGAGUCAGUGGUGCAGUCCAAGCUGGCGGCGGGCACGAGCACCUUCGUGCUGGCCUACGCCGUCCACAAGCUCUUCGCACCGGUGCGGAUCAGCAUCACACUGAUGUGCGUGCCCCUCAUCGUCAGAUACUUCCGAAAGACUGGACUCUUCAAGCCCCCCGCAUCGUCUCCCUGAGAGCUGCGGGGGAGAUUAACAGUUGGACCACACGCACACACACACACACACACACACACACACACACACACACACACACACACACACACACACACUCUUACACUCAUAUACACACACUUUAGCUAGCCACUACAUGAAGGAUGAGCUGUAGAUCUGACUUAUUUUUAGACUUAUUUUUCGAUUUGUGCUUGGGAUUGUUCCCCGGCCAAGUCGGUGAUCACUCUCAGUCACUUAGUACUUAGUAAUAUUGAUGAUUUGCCGUUUUUUUUUCUCUUUGCCAUAACUACCCUUUGGUCUCUACAUGCAAUAGCGUAUACAUUCAUGACCUGGAUGUUAUUUCACACUCAUUUUGGCAUAUUCAUGUGAAACGGACUGAGGAAGGAGUCCGUUGUGGUUGGUAUAGCUCAACUUGAACUAGCAAGUCGCAUGUGCAUUCCAGGGGACGAUGUUUUCGCCAUUGGUCAAGACAUAUUUAUUUUUUAAGUGCCAAUUGAUGUGAGACCAAGAACUAAUAUCAGGGAUUUUGAAACGUGUAAACCCCUAUUGCGUGUGACAAAGCAGAUUUUGUGUCAGUUGAGAAAUGACAUUGUGCGGAUAAACACACGAAAGCCCUUAAUUAUAUGCUGUGACAAUUUGUUUUUAUUAUGCAUAUGAUUUUAUCCCUUUUAAGAGAUCAGUUAGUUAAAUAUAUUGUUGUGAAAGUCAGUUGUUAAGCUAUUGGUGGGUGAAGUGAUUGUUUCAUUUUUUGUGAAGAAAAUCAUUAAAAGGGAGAUGAAUCUA